AUGGAAGGGGACCAGCUUCUACUCCUGGCUGAGGCCAUGACGUUGCAGUUGGAGCAGAGACUAGACGAGGUCACACGGGAAAUCACGCUACUGGAGGCCAACCUAACAAGACCUACAUCAAGUUCGACAACUCCUGCUGUUCGACCUACCCCGACUCCGAGACGCCGUCAGUCGACCGGGCCGUUACCUACGCCUAGGCUGGAGCCGCCGCCGCGGCCUACCCCGAGGCCUAGAACACCGCCAGCGAUGAGGCCUGUGUCGCCUCCACCCACGUUUAACACUGGGCCGCAGUUUAUCUCGACCCCCAGUCAGCCGCUAGCAAGUUUGCCAGUGCCAUGUCAGCGUACAUCGGCUCUCGGGGCUAGCCAGAUGAUUGUCGCCGCACCUAGUGCGAUUCAAUCACCGAUGCACUUGGUGCAGGAACUCAAAAAACCUAGUGUGGACAUUGAAAAGUUUAGCGGGGACCCAACCCGCUAUACUCAGUUUUGCCGACAAUUUAACGCGAGAAUUGUCAAAAAUUCGGAGUCGCACGACGAGUGCAUGAGCUUUCUGCUGCAGUUUACAUCCGGGGAAGCCCGUGAUGUAGCCCAGGGUUACGCUCACCUUGACUCUAAGAUCGGGUUUGAUGCGGCCAUCAAGGAGUUCCAGAGGAGGUACGGCGACCCUCGACAUGUCGCGCACAGCUACGUCAGGAAAGCUCUUGAGUGGCCUGUCAUCAGGGCCGAUGAUCCGCUUGAAUUGGACCGAUUCGGCAUCUUCCUUCGCGAGUGCCAGUAUGCCGUCCAGGUAGUCAAUGCGCUAGGAGUACUCGAGUACUCUGAGAACCUAAAACGUCUAGUGGGAAAACUACCGGUCAGGAUGCAUGAUCGUUGGAGGACGCUAGCAGACGUUGUUCAAGAAAAGGGACAAGUCGCCACCUUUAGCUUGCUGGUUGAUUUCGUCAUAAAGGAAGCCAGGAAGAUGACAGACCCUGUCUUCGGUAAGGCAGCCAUGCAGCCGCAAGUCGCACCGAAACCUACGCCAGACACGCCAAGGCCUACUCCGCGGCCAAGAGAGAGGUUUAGAACAAUCAUGAACACGGGGACUAAUCGAAACUCUGGCAAUGCUCAACCAGGUACCGACGCCAAUCAGCGCAAAUGUUCGUUGUGUCCGGACCAGCCUCCCCAUCGAUUGGGGCGUUGUAAGAAGUUCUUGGAUAAGACGGUCAAGGAUAGAAGACAGUGCGUUAGAGACUUGAAACUAUGUUUCAACUGCAUGAGGCCAUCUCAUCAAGUUCGUGAGUGUCAAACAUUGGCACGUUGUCGUGAGAAUGGUUGUGGGGCAGCCCAUCACACUCUGCUGCACGAGAACCAGGGAGACAGAGCCGUUGGAGGAUCGACAGUAGCUAAUACUGGCCGCAGUCCUAACCCCGUAGGAUCUAGGUCAUACUUCCAACUCCUGCCCGUGUAUGUGUAUGCCAAUGGUCGCUCACUCCCCACUGUCGCUCUACUAGACUCUGCGAGCCAGAUCACCAUCAUACGGUCUUCUUUAGCCAGGGAGUUGGGCCUAAAGGGUAAAGCUAGAGACUUGACUAUAAACACCGUGGAGGGUUCCGCGGUUAGACGAAGCCGGUCGGUUUCCUUCCAGCUAAAGUCUCAAGAUUUGGCCGUCAACUCGACGCUGUAUGUCAGUGAAGCCCAGUCCAUGGACUUGCCGUCUUUCCAGUGCGCCACCCAAGACUUUGACCAGAGUUGGGGACAUUGUCACAACCUCCCCCUCCCGCGGCAUAUCAAGCCAUCACAGGUUGAAAUCCUAAUCGGUAUGGACCAGCCCGAGGCACACAUACAGCUAGAGAUCCGAAGAGGCCGAGAGAAUCAACCCAUAGCCGUCCGUACCUGCCUUGGUUGGACCCUCAUGGGGGUGGGCGCCUGUCACGAAGACGCCGACAAUGCUUGUGUCAACAACCUGACUGUCAACGACGCAACGCUGCAUCAAAUGAUGGAAAGGUUCUGGUCCACUGAGUCCUUUGGUGUGAGCCACAGCUUUCUUCGUCCUACCUCGUCGGAAGACAAGAGAUCCGAGAAAAUCUUGAAAGAUACCAUCUCGAUGAUAGACGGGCGGUACCAAGUGGGAAUGCUGUGGAGAGAAGCCGACUCUGCCCUGCCGAACAACCUGCCGCUGGCACAACGCCGUUACGACCAUCUUCUGAAACGCUUUCAGAAAGACCCGGAGUUUGCCGAGCUGUACCAAGGGACGGUAAACGACUACGUCGAUAAGGGAUACGCGCGCAAGCUACCACCUGAUGAAGCUAAGACAACAUCCAAGAGAACUUGGUAUCUUCCUCAUCACGGGGUUGUUAACCCCCACAAGCCCGGCCGUGUUCGUGUCGUGUUCGAUGCAGCAGCCUCCUUUCGAAAUGCCUCACUGAAUGGAGCCCUGAUGACUGGCCCAGACCUACUGAACAGUCUCCUCGGUGUCCUGCAGAGAUUCCGAAUGUACGACACAGCCCUAGCUGCAGAUGUUGAGGCAAUGUUCAUGAGGGUGAGGGUUACCUCGGACGACGCUGACUCACUGCGGUUCCUCUACAAGCGCAACCUGGAAGACGAAGGACCACCUGAUGUCUAUCGCAUGGAGUCACAUAUCUUCGGAGCCAGCUGCUCGCCUGCUUGUGCAAACUUCGCAUUGAAGCAAACUGCCAAAGACAAUGUCGCUUUCUUUAGCCAAGAAGCGAUUCAAGCCAUCGAGAAUGACUUCUACAUGGAUGACUUCAUCAAGUCGAUAGAGGGCGUCCCUCCUGCCGUGCUGCUAACCCAAGAGCUGGUAGAGUUAGCCGCCAAGGGAGGAUUUAGACUCCAUAAAUGGGUGUCUAAUGCGAGGGAAGUCCUAGCCGCGCUAAACGUUACCGAGACAGCCGUACAGGAGCUUGACUUCGACCAGGCCGACAUCCCAAGCCAGAGAACUCUAGGAAUGCGAUGGAACAUCCAAGAAGACACGUUCACCUUCAGCUGUCAACCGAAGGACACACCAUUGACUAAGCGAGGACUCGUCAGCACCAUGUGUUCAGUCUUCGACCCAUGUGGCUUCAUCUCGCCGUUCAUCGCUCGAGCCAAGUUUAUGGUACAAGACCUCUGGCGUGAACACCUAGACUGGGACCAGCCCUUGCCCGACCACCUGCAUCAGAAAUGGUUAGCCUGGCUGUCCGAAUUAGAGCAUCUGAAGGCCGUCCAGAUUCCAAGACAUCAUCUCGACUUCACCUCCCAAGUGAAGCACAUCGAGAUUCACGUAUUCGGUGACGCGUCAGAAGCCGGCUUUGGUGCAGUUGCCUAUCUCCGUUACGAGACGCCUAAGGGCGAUAUCCGCUGCUCCUUCCUUGCCUCAAAGACCCGUGUGGCGCCGUUGAAGGUUUUGACGAUUCCAAGACUGGAAUUGCAAGGAGCUGUCUUAGCUGCACGCCUGGGAGUCAUGCUGGAGGCAGAACUGAAGGUCAAGGUCGUUAGAAGAAUCCACUGGUCAGACUCCGAGGUUGUCCUCAAGUACCUGCAAAACGACACCAAAAGAUUUCGUCCUUUCAUCGCGAACCGGGUAGCUGAAAUCGUGGAUCUCACCGACCGAGAUUUAUGGCGUCACGUACCCACGGACCAGAAUCCAGCCGAUCUUUGCACUAGAGGGCUACAGAUAUCGUCCUUCAAAGAAGAUGCCGGCUGCUUAUGGUUUCACGGACCCCAGUUCCUGAAGCUCACCAAGGACUGUUGGCCUGCCACCAAUCUUGGCUCAACAUGUCUCGAUUUGUCCGAUCCUGAGCUGAGAACCACGGUGCACAACCUUACGGCAGCGACCGGGCCUAGUGACGACAAUGCAAAUGACGACGCAGUAGAUGUUGGUCAGCCAGGUCCAAAUCAGAUACCUGAGGUCAAACCUCCAGCAACCUUUAACCUGGAGUCCAUCCUCAACCCCGGGGAUGUCUCAUCUUGGUCUCGAUUGGUCAAGAAGUCAGCAUGGAUACAGCGAGCAGUCCAGAACUUCACAUCAGCCGUGUCCAGGCUGGGUCAUAAAGCCAAGCGGGAUCCCAACUUGACCGCAGAGGAGCUUGAGGCAGCCACGCUGUUCUGGGUACGCAUCGCCCAACGAGAAGUGUUUACUGAAGAGUUGGAGUGUCUUCAAAGAGAGCAGCCAGUCGGUCAGAAAAGUCGUCUCGUCAACCUAGGACCGUUCUACGAUGAAGCCAGCCGUUGUCUGAGAGUUGGUGGUCGACUGCGUAAGGCCUCGAUUCCAGAAGAUGCCAAGUUCCAGCUGAUACUCCCAACGCGACAUCCCGUCACUCACCUGAUCGCCAAACAGACUCAUCGCCAUCUUGCCCACUGUGGUCAAGAACACCUGGUUGCAGAGUUGAGGCAGAAAUACUGGCCAGUACGGGCCAGGGAAGCAGCUAAGCGAGCAAUCCGAGAUUGUCUGCUCUGCGAGCUCCAGAAAGCUAAGCCGUGCAUCCCGAGGAUGGCUGAUCUACCAGCACCUCGCUUGCAGGCCACCGCCGGUCCGUUUGCUUACUGCGGUGUCGACUAUUGGGGGCCCAUGAUGGUGAAAGAGAGAAGAAGCACCGUCAAAAGAUGGGGGUGUCUUUUUACCUGUUUGUCUACUCGCGCCCUGCAUCUGGAACUUGCGGACAGCUUAGAAACUGACGACUUCCUGCUGUGCCUGCGCAACUUCAUCGGUCGGCGCGGCCAUCCCAAAGAGAUGUUUAGCGACAACGGGACUAACUUUAAGGGUGCAGACGCUGAAUUGGUCCGCUGUCUCCAAGACCUCAACCAGAAUAAGAUUCUGGGCAGCCUCUCGCCGCAAGGUAUAACGUGGCACUUCAACCCGCCCUCAGCUCCACACUUCGGAGGAGCCUGGGAAAGACUAGUCCAGUCAGUCAAGACCGCGCUGAAAGCCACAAUGAAGAAUACGCUAGUCUCCGACUCCGUGCUACGAACAGCGCUGAUCGAAGUGGAAGGAGUCCUCAAUAGCCGACCCCUUACCCACUGCAGUCCCGACCCAGACGAUUACACUGCUUUGACGCCAAAUCAUUUUCUGAUUGGCCGUGCUGACAACAAGAUUUCUCCCGUCGUCUGCCAGGACAAAGAAAUCAACAGUCGUCGUCGUUGGCGCCAAUGCCAAGUAAUCGCGGAUCGUGUGUGUCGUCGCUGGAAAUCGGAAUAUCUACCGAAGCUUACGCAGAGACAUCGUUGGCUAACCGAUCCUGUCAAGACCGUCUCCGAGGGAGAUCUCGUGAUGCUAAUGGAGGACAACCUGCCACGCGGAAAAUGGGAACUAGGACGCAUCAUUGCCUUGUACCCAGGAGACGAUGGGAAGGUUCGUGCGGUUGACGUCAAGACUCCGAGGAACGUCUUUCGACGACCAGUCACCAAGAUCUGUAUCCUGGAGGAGAACGUUUAA